AGGCUUGAUUCGAACGCGCAUACUAGCGCUCUAGUGAGUAUGUGUCGAUGACAAGCUGCCGUAACGGACCUCAAGUACUAUUUAGUACGGAAGUAGGCAGUGCGGUAUUGAACGUAGUCAGAGAUUGAACUUGAGUGGUGCUGCUUGCUUUGUCGCCUUUACACUCCGAGUGUGCUUCCCGAGAGUCAGGGAGUUUUGUAGACCUUGAACUGUGCUAAAGGAGAAGAAAAGCAGCACAGACUAUCCUUUCACUAACGUCCAGAGCUUUUGGACUUACUGUUGGAGAUGCUGAACCCAGUCCUAGGCGUCAAGAAGGAGGACUUCCAGGCGCCAGAUUAACCAAGCCAACCAUUAUCUACCUCUUUAUUUAAAUUCACCCACACCCAGCGGUUUCAAACUCCAGUUUACAAACACCAUGGCGUUUUUAAUGAGGAAGAAGAAGUUCAAGUUCCAGGUCCAUUUCACUCUGGAAGAGCUGACGGCUGUGCCGUUUGUCAACGGGAUGCUCUUCUGCAAAAUCCGACUUCUGGAUGGGGGAGAUUUUGUCAUAUCUUCAUCUAGGCAAGAGGUGCAGGAGAACUGUGUUUGCUGGCGAAAGAAGUUCUCCUUCGUGUGCAAGAUGAGCGCUAAUCCUACGACAGGGGUGCUGGACCCCUGCAUCUGCCGAGUGUCCGUGCGAAAGGAACUGAAGGGUGGAAAGUCUUUCUCAAAGCUGGGCUUUGCUGACCUCAACAUGGCGGAGUUUGCGGGUUCGGGCUCCACCGUGCGCUGCUGUAUCCUGGAGGGCUACGACACCAAGAACACUCGGCAGGACAACUCCAUUCUGAAGGUUACUAUUGGGAUGACUCUACUCUCCGGGGAUCCUUGCUUUAAAACGCCCCCAAGUACGGCUAAAACCACAGGCCUCGCUGGUCAGGACCCGUCUCUACAGCUGGACUGUAAGGGAGAGGGCACUGGCAACAACGCAACUCCACCCAUGGGCAUCAGCCCGAGAAUCAGCACCAGCCGCAUGCUCAAACCCAGAACCUCUAUGCAGGUUUCAGGUCUGCCAGAAGUGUUAGAUGAGAACCUCUCAAGCCCGGAAGAGGUGUUUCACACCGGCCACUCAAGGAAUUCCAGCUAUGCCAGCCAACAGAGCAAAGUUUCAGGCUACAGCACAGAGCACUCGGGCUCGUCCAGCCUGACAGACCUGAGCCAGCACCGGAGGAACGCGUCCACCAGCAGCAGCAAUGCCUCGGCGGGGACCACCACGGCUACUGAAGGCCCAGCAGAACCGGAUAAAGAGCCGGUGAAACCUGAGAAGCCUCCUCGCCCACCGAGGCCUACCUUACUCCCUAACCGAAUGUGUAGGAGAAAGAAGGACUCUGUGGAGAACCACCCCACCUGGGUGGAUGACACGCGCAUCGAUGCUGAUGACAUCGUGGAGAAGAUCGUCCAGAGUCAGGACUUUGCUGAUGUCAGCAACAAUGAGGAUAGCAAUUUGCAACUGUUUGUCAGUCGGGAUGGUACCACUGCUCUUAGCGGCAUCCAGCUGGGCAACAGGGUGUCAGCGGGUGUGUUUGAGCCUGUCGUGAUUGAGAGUCAUUAGUGGCCUCAGUCACACUCCUCCUGAAAUACAACAGAGGGCCAAAAUAAGUGAGGAUGAACAAGACCGACGGGAAGUCCAGUAUCGCACUAACAAGAUGUUUUGCUAUUUGCAGUCUUUUUAUUGUCUUCACUGAUCAGUUUAUUCACACACUAUGAUUAUAACACCGGAAAUCUUACAUUGUAUUAUACGCAAACGGUGGUGGGUGGUUUAUUAUUAUUAUUAUUAUUAGCCACAUAAUCAAAAAGAUGUGUUACUGACAGCCUGUUUGCAAGUAAACAAACUACUUGAAAUACCUGAAGUAGUCGAACACUGUGAAGAACUGUCUUUGGCCUAGGAAACAUCAUAUUUAUGGCCUAAAUGGCAGCCCUUAGGAUUUUUAAGUAGAAAUACGAUUCAUAUGUUCUUUAGCCUUUCAUUAUUUAAUGGUUCCGAUCUGUGUUUUUCUUCUACCAGAUUUGAUUUUCUGGACAUUUGUUUUGCCUGCGUUACAGACCACUAAAAUGUGUUCAGAGACUUAGCAAAAAUGAUCCUGCUUUACUUAACCACUACCGUUUCCCUGCAUUCGGAAUGAUCUUAGAGGAAAAUUCCUUUUUUUUCUUCUCCUUCUUCUUUUUUUUUUUUUUUUUUUUAAACUGCACGUUUAGCGGUGGUUUAAAAUAAUUUCUGUUGAUUGCACACUUUUUUAAAGUAAGAUAUAUUACUCUAAUUACCUACAGAAGGUUUCCACAGGGCAUAAAUCCCUUUAGUUUCAGAUGGUUUGAGGUGGAAAUGAGGUUCAUCACUAUUACAUCACUGAAUAUUUUAACAUACUUAUUGAUUAUUUAAACCUAAUAUAUGAUCUCUGAGAUGUGGCUUAAACAGUCACCUGAUUUAUGAGACACAUAUCUGGAUUAUAUACAUAACGUAUGUCUCUGCCAAAGUCAGCAUUUUUAUACACCAGUUUCUCCACAUUCCUGUAGUUUCAAAAGGGACAUGUUCAGAGAAUAACGUAAAAUCAGUUCCAGAGGUGCCGAAAUCUAAGGUUUAGCCAUGAUGUUUAAAUUUCUUGACUCAUUACUAACGCAAUACAGGAGACACCUGAAAACUGCAUCUUUCUGCUUUUUCAGAUAAACAAAGGCAUUCAGACCAAACAUGAAUAAAAUUCACCCAGCCAAAAAGCCAGUUCACUGAAGGGAAAAGACAUGGAACACAAGAGGCAUUUGUUGCUAGUAACGGUUACUUUAGCUUUGUGUUGACUUGAUCGGUGUGAAAUUUGACCUGUGAAUUCAUGAGCCUCAGACUUGUGAGCCAAUAGAAAGUAAGUGGGUGGGGCUGUUGUCUCUUUGUUUGCUUAAAAUUAUUAGUAGCUGUGUAUUAUUAUUAGCAGUCACAUUAGACUUAUGGUGUCGCACAUCUCGGGGAAAAAAUGUAGUCUCAUCCAUCAUCUAGGGUUUUUUGUGAUAAAAUUCUUUUCAAUUUCUUUAAACUGAAAUUGGAACCCAGGUGCAUGGGAAUGUUUAACCAUCUUGGGUUUAACUCGAUUCAUUGUUCUUGCUUGAUAGAUUAGUUCCAAGUUUACACACUGAACUUGUUAUAGAAAAACAUCAUAACCGACAUAGUAAAAGAACCAUUAGGAAUAAUAACUUUUGGCAAAUAUCCGUCGCUAAAACAGGUUUUUAUUUUAAAAGACAGAUUUUCUGGUUUUUAUGCCCUAUGGAAGCCGCCUUUAUGGGUGAUUUUUGUGCUAUAUUUUACUUGAAGAAAAUCAUCCAAAUUAUUUUGAAGCACUGCAGAGUAUGCAUAAAAUAUGAUUUUGCUAUUAGUUGGAGUUUUCAAACCAUAUGACACAAAGAUGAAUAGACACAGAGCGGUAUGGCUGGCCAUACCGAAACAUAUCAUAUUCAGGAUAACAAGCUUCUAGCCAUUCCUCCGUAGAUCACAGCCUUCUGACAUGUUUUUAAUCGUGUGUGUGUGUGCGUGCGUGCGUGCGUGCGUGCGUGUGCGUUUGGGGGUAUUAGAGGUUUCAUACUUGUGACUCAUUUGUUCUCCAGCUGGCCUGGGGAAUCCCACUACAAGUCAGAUAUCUUCAUAUCCAUACGCUCCACCCGAGCAUACACACUCAUCCCGCUCUUCUUCACUUGUUUGUUUGUGCUGCAGGAUUCGGCCGUGCAUACAAGUGUUAAUCAAGUGUUAGUAUUGUACUGCAGUGCAGUGCACCGAAUGUCCUCGUCGUCCUCGUAUGGAUUUUUGCUCCAUUUUUUUUUAAACACAGAAUGUGGCAGUAGUGCUGUAAGAAAAUGUGUUAAUCAUUGUGGAGCAUAAAACCCGUGAGCUUGUGUGCAGCAUAAAGGGAUGCGUGUGACUGGUUGAUGGAGGAUGGCCUGAAAAACUGGCUUUGUUUUGCAGGCUUAGAUCAGAGAAAAUGACUCACAAUCACGCCACUAAACUUGGCAACAGCCUGCGUGUCUCCCGCUGCACCUGGUGUGCAUCCAGAGACGGAGGAGCCCCCCCCCCCCACCCGCGUGUGUGUGUGUGUGCGUUUUAGUGUUUUAAAAGUCUGUGUAAUGUUUUGUUUUCAGUUUGAAUGAGCUAACCAUGAUGUUGGUCAUGGAAAAAAAUGGUCUCAGUUGACCUGAGAUGAUAUACAGAAUAGAAAACUUUGCACAAUUUAGUUCCCUUAUCUUUACAAAUAAAAGUGCAAUGUGGGCUUUAUUCAAUGAGGAGUUCAUGCUUUAAUACAUUAACAUGUUUCCUGUAGUUAAAUUUGACAAAUACAAGAUAUUUUUUGCAUUCAUGUAAGGAAUUCUACAUUAUAGAUAUUUUUUUUUCAUGGAAUGCUCUUAACAACUAACUAACAAGCUCUUUUAUUGUAUUAGAUAAAGAUUAAGUCCC